UGCAGCCCAAGGGAGUUUGUCAGGGGGUCAUCGAUGUUGACCAUCUGAAGAGUCUGUUGUCUCCCAGGAAUGGGCCCACCAUGGUCAGUCAAAGGCUGGGAGCCACGUCUGGGAAGCAUGGCCAGGGUCAAACACAGGAACGCAAGAACUGAAGUGCUUGCUGGGUUCUGCUCCUUGCAGCUGGAUGUCUGUGGAGCACAUUCCCAUGGCCGCCACAGUGUUCUGUGCCUUAGGUCACUUUCUUUACCUCAGGAGUUCUCUUGGGCUCUGUCACGCAAACUUUAAAAAAAUCCCCUCUCUUAUAAUUUGGGCCCUAGAAGAAGGUGGUUUAUCCAAUCCUACAAAGUCCCAGAUUUGUGUGUUCUCUCUAUUCCCUUUCGUUUUUACUUGCAAAGCACUCAAUUCUUUCUGGAACUCAUUUCUUUCUCUUAACACCCUGCUGAACAUAGCUGCUAGCAAGCAACACGUACCACCAACGUUCUGUUUUCCAAUCUCUUGCCUGAGAGUGGCAGGUUUGGAAGGCGCGAGGGUCUGCCUUUCCAGUUACAGCGUCUGACAACGUUAUCAGAUGUUUUGCUCUUGUAUUAACAGGGAUCCCUAGCCAUUCAUUCCGCCUGUGGCUGAAUGCCACCUCACUGCUAAGGCAAUGACACAUAGUUGAUAUUUCUGUUCCAGCGCUACCCUGCUUUGGGGACAGAUUUCCCUUUUAGUCAUGGUAAUCCACGGAAUCUGUGGCAACAGGCAAACCGAGAAAUCUCAGUGGCUUCAAUACAACACAGGUUUAUUUCUUGCUAGUGUUACAGGCUGAUGUGGGUCAGGAGCGUCCGCUGUGUAUCUUGCAACACUGUCUCCAAUUCCUUGUUUCCAGCCAGUGGACAGGAGGGAGAGCGAGAAGGCGCAGGUGCGCUGUCUCCUGCUUUUCUGUCUGCUGAAGAUCUCCAAGGCGCUCGGCCGCUCUCGGCCGCCGACGCCGAUUCCAGCCUUGGGCACCUGCUUCAGCGGGCUGACUUGGCAGCUGUGCUGCUCCCUGGAGGGAGUGGGAGGGAGAGGUGGAGGUGGACCUGCAAUCGGGCUGAUAUCUUACUGGAAUGCUUUUUGCAGAUGACGGCGUUCUGUAGAGAGGUGUGAUGGUCGUGCACCAUCGGCCCGUCUAGCUCCUCCGGGGCUCAUUAGAACUCAGACCUGUUUCUUCUUCCUUCCUUGUUCCUCCUGUGAGGCAGCGAGCGACAAGCACAUUCAGUGGCUCCUGGGGGCAGAUGGUGACGUCUGGGUCUGGAUCAUGGGAGAAGGCCCCGGCGACAAGCCCUAUGAAGAGAUCUCCGAGGAGCUCAUUGCCGAGAGAGCACGGCUGCAGGCACAGAGGGAGGCCGAGGAGCUCUGGAGACAGAAGGAGGCAGAAAUCACCAAGAAGUUUCGGGAUGCUCUGGCCAAUGAGAAAGCCCGGAUCCUGGCAGAGAAGUGGAAAGUAGAGAUGGAGGACCGGAAGGCUGCCAAAGUCCUGGAGGAACGCAUCCGUGAGGAGUUCAAGAGGAAAGAGGAAGAGGAGAGGAAGCGAGGAGAAGAACAGAUUCGCCUCCAGGAAGAGCAGAGGGCGAAGGAACUCUACUGGACCCUGAAACAGGCCCAGCUGCAGAGCCAUGCCAGCGAGAACGAGGAACGGGAGUGGGAGGAACAGCUGCGCAGGUCCAAGGCCGCGGAUGAGGAGAGGAGCCGCCGAGCUCAGCGUGCCAGGGAUGAGUACCGGCGCCACUCCCUCCGCGCCAUCCAGAAGGGCACCGUCGCCGGCCUCAGCUCCAUGUUCCGAGAGCUUGGCCAGAGCCACGAGCAGGAGGCCAGACUCUACCACCACCUCCCAGGCCCCGGGCCUCCACCACCCCUCGCCAUACCUGUCAGCAGGACCUGGGAGCGCCCGCUGAGACCCAUCUCCAGAGAAGUCAUAGUCCGCUGGUUUAAGGAGGAGCAGCUGCCUCGCCGAGCCGGCUUUGAGAGGAACACCAAAUCCAUCGCGCCUUGGUUCCAUGGAAUUAUUAGCCGAGAAGCUGCAGAAGAUCUCCUCGAGAACAUGACAGAGGGAGCAUUUUUGGUCCGGGUCAGUGAGAAAAUCUGGGGUUACACCCUCUCCUAUCGCCUGCAGAAAGGGUUCAAGCACUUUCUUGUGGAUGCCUCUGGGGAUUUUUACAGCUUCCUGGGAGUGGACCCCAAUCGCCACGCAACGCUCACUGAUCUCAUUGAUUUCCACAAGGAGGAAAUUAUCACUGUUUCAGGGGGAGAGCUGCUGCAGGAACCCUGUGGACAGAGGGACAGUCCACCAGACUACCAUCUGUUGUUUGAAUGAUUUUUUUCCCCCUUAUCCGUUGGACUUCUUGGGGCAUUCAUUUUUUGAAUUCAACUGAAGAACUUCCCAGCUCAAACCCUUAUGGCCUUCUGGAAGAUCCACCACUAUCCAGAGGAUUAAGUAGAUUAGUAUGUCUCAAGGAAUAUGAAAUAUAUGGCAUAUAUGCUAUUGGUCCCCAUCCUGAUGCCCAGGACAGAAAUUGCUAAUAGCUGAUGCAACUCUUUCAUGAAGAGUUUAGUUAUGACUUCAGAGAAUGAAGCCUAUUUGCCAUGGCCACCCUAAGCUGAGCUCCUAGAGCACAUGGGUCAUGUUUUUAAUAAUCCAAAAUAAUUCCAUUGCCUAACUCUGAAUAUAAACCUAUGGUAGACAUUCAAUAAACGUUUGUUGAAUGAAUGCAGUUCUUCUGGAAGUCUUCCAACACUAAUCAGCAAUGUUUUCUAUUAAGUUAUUUCCUACCUGUUCUGUCUGUAAAGUCCUGGAAAGUAUAGAAGAAAUAUUGCAAAGGAUUUAUAUGGAAAAUAUAGAUGCUGUGUCUUUAAUGAUGUACAUUAUUGCCCUCAUUGAUUUUAUCAUU